AUUUGAACACCCGAUGGGACUUUUAUAUAAGUGAAUUCCUAUCAAUUACCCCCGGUCGGUAUAGCUGGACUGCUAACGCGUAAAAAUUGUAUAACCUGGAUGUGCUGGAACAAAUGUAUAAGUGACCUACACUUUUCAUUCAAGCAGCCUCCAUGAACAACUUGAAUGACCCACCCAGGUGGAACAUCCAACCAGACCCUAGAGGAAGGGGGGCGGGGGCCGGGGAUGGGAACCAAUGGAACUACGCCCUGCUGGUCCCCAUGCUGGGACUGGCUGCAUUUCGUUGGAUCUGGACCAAGGAGUCUCAGAGGGAGAUCCAGAAGGUCAAAGCCCAGUAUGACAAGGAUGUGUCCACAAUAAAAAGUGAGAUGGAGGCACAAUACCGGGAGACACUGACAGAGAGGCGCAGGGCAGCAGCUACACUGGAGCUGGAGCUGGAGAAGGAGAGACAGAGGGUUAAAGGCUACAAGCAGGCCCUGAUCUCACAGAGCCAGCAGCUGAUGGAAGAACGGAAACGGUUACAGCAGGAGCGCGAUGCCCUGGAGGAAGAGAAGCAAAGGGUGGUAAAGUCCGGCACUGCAGGGGCAGUGCUGCAUCAAGCCCUGGAACGAGAGAACAACUGGUACCAGCGAGCCACCACCACUCUGAAAGAGCUAGAGCGUCAGCUUGUGGAGCGCCAGAAUGCCUACUGUUCCCUCAUCCAACCUCGAGAUCAGCGGCUGGAGAUGGAGAAGAACAUGCUGCUUAAGGUCGUCAAAGAACCCAUCGGGCAAGAACUGGAUCUAGAGUCUGAUCUGAAGGAUAUUUUCAAGAGAGAUAAGCACUGUGCGGACCUGCUAAACAUGGACAAAAGGAAGAAUGGAAGCCUCAUGUGGGUGUACCUCAAGUACUGGCAGCUGCAGCUCACUGUCCAGAAACACAAGAGAGCUGAAGAAGCCAUAUUUGGAGGGAAUGUUGAGUCUCACACAAAGUGACAAAAGACAAACACAAGCUAGUGUUUCUCAUGUGACUUUGAAGAAUGUGGAUCAGGAAUGGAAAAUGCAUGCAUUUUUCACUCUGUGCAAUUAUCUUUACUUGAUAGGCAUGUUAUGGAAACACAGAAGAGCAAAUCUCAACAAGCUAAUCUGAAAGUUCCUUCCUUGACCUCAGAGUUUUGAAAAGAAAGGAUAUAUUGUCAGGGUUUCAAGCAUUCUGUAAUACAAUAUUACUAUAACUUCAAAUGCCCCAAUUUAGACUCAUUAGCUUUAAAUUAACCGUGUGAAAACUGAUGAAAUGAUUUUUAAAACAUGCACUAGAAUCAUUCAGGUGUCAAUUUAACUCAUUCUCUGAGUGCCAUGAAUUACUGGAAUAUUUAGUUCCUCUAUCUUGGGUAUGAAUUUAGGACUCCCAGAAACUGUUCCCAGAGUGAUGUGAUAAUACACACACAUCUUCUGAGGGGAAAAAAAUCAUAAUCACACUAAAAACCGUGUUGACACCAUGCAGUAAUAUGUGUUUGCUAACCCUAAACUAUCAGUGAGAAAGGACACUGAAGGUGCAUGUGAAUCUUAAUAAGGGAACAGAGCUCAAAGUAGUGCUCAGUACAUAACACAAUACUGCAGCACACCAGUCAAACAGCAUCCUUUUGUGUCCCACUGCACCCCUGUAAUGAAAGGUUUAACUAAAGCUGUAGCAUUUUUAUUGCUUUCCAAGCCUCUCCGCACUCUGUUUUGACCAUAACGUGGUGAAGAACAGCUGUAUAUAAUGACAUACAUUCUAGUGUACUGACUCCAACCACUCUGUGAAAUCCUCCUAAUAAAUUUUUAGUUUAACUUUAA